AUGGAUAUGAACGGAAUGAUCUCCUCUAACAAUGGUAUUGGUAAUGGGUUACUUGAGAAUUUGGAGUUAAAUUACUUAGCAUCGUUAGAGUCAUUUGAUCAUCAUCAGGUGCCUUUGAGCUUGAUUAACAGGCAACUUACAAUAGGUUUAUCUGCAGGACAUCAUCAUGACCAAGACGAUAUCUCCAUGACCAGUAGAAGAUAUUCAUGCGAUAUUAAUGGAAAUCUGCAACCUCAUCCUCUUCAGCCGCCGCAGCAGCAGAGGAAUUACUUGGUGAUGGGUGGUGCCAUGCCCGUCCACCAUUUUACUCCUAUGCAAUUCAGACUUCAUCAAGAACUGCAUUCUCCUAAUGAGACAAUAUCAGUGAAUUCAACUGGAGAAGACUGCUGCAUUUGCCAGGAAGAUUAUAUCCAUGGAGAGGAUAUAUGCAAACUGCGUUGUAAUCAUGUUUACCAUAUUGAUUGCAUAAAGAGAUGGCUGACACAAAAGAAUUUUUGCCCAAUAUGUAAAGCACCUGCCAACCAAACCGUCCCCCCACAACAAGCAGCACCGUAA